CCGGGGGCUUGACUGGACGGGUUUAUUAUCGGCCAUCCAACGCCGAGUUUGCACCUCUUUCCUGCAACUUUGCGCGUGCGAUCUCCUCUCCGAGACUUUCUGCAUCUGGUUGUCUGUGUGCGCUUGAACACCCGUUGCCUAUUAGAUUAACGUCAAGUUUCUUUCAUACCGUCAACCAAGUCACAAAAAUGUAUACGUCGCCAGUCAAACGCCGUGUCCUCGGCGCUUUGGAUCCCAACGCGUGCUCGCCCAAGGCCAGCCCGUCCAAGAUCAAGCGUGACAUGAAACACGCGGCAACGAGUCCGGUCAAGGCAAAGGCCGUCGGGCGGCGGCAAACGGAACCGGUUGCAUCUUUGGGUGCAGCAUCCCCUCUUCCGGCAUCACCACGCAAGCCGGAGCGGGACAUUGAUUCGAGGAAACGCCUUUCCCUCACCCCGCUGAUGGGUUCGCUUGUCGAGGGCAACGAUCGUGACGAGCGAGCGCCCAAGAGGCCGCGUGUCGAGAGUUCCAGAGAAGACGCCCGGCGCCAGGAACCGCCUGCUCACACUGGAACUCCGCCCUCAUCAACCUCCACCAUCAGGUCGACGGCGACGCGCGGCCGCUCUGCGUCCCCCGAUACAGCUUCCCUCUUCGACACGGCAGCCGACAAUUCUCAAGCCACGGUUGUUACUGAGCCCGACACGACUGCGCCGGCAGCAGCGGCAGCAGCACCCGUUGUGGCGCCGCCGCCGCGGAGACGAUUGACGCGUGAGCAGGCUAGAGAGGUAUGGCUUUUUCUUCUUUUUUUCUCACCUUUCCCUCUCUUUUCCUUUCAGUCACCACAAGUCAGCCUGGCACGAUCCAUGAAUGCUAAGUAUGACCCUCACGGGGAACAGAAAGCCGAAAUUCUCCGCCUGCGACUAGGCCUCGCGAGCUAUAAAGUCCGCACGGGCCAGACCGAUGUGCCGCUGGAGAGGUUAGAGGCCAGGCUCGGCCUACAGAGAAGCCUGACGCGCUCGGGGCCCGGUUCCUUCCCUCACGGCCACGGCCAGACCACUACCGCCUCCGUCUCGACUUCGUUCCCACCGCCGUCGGGUCAUGGCCAAGGUCCGGGCAGGAGAAGGCCGCUGCCUGGUGCGCCGGUGCGGAGGCCGGCUAGUAUCGGUGCUGAGCCGCAGCAUCGAAAUCGAGACAGGGCUGAAAGGCAUGCUGGUGAGGGCGCCGGCGGUAGCCGUAGCAGGGUGCUUGGCGCGGAAGGCAACCGACGGGGACGGCAAUUUCUGCAGGAGGAGCAGCGGCCACAUCAUCGAGCACGGCAACAAGAGGAAGAUGAAGAGGAGGAAGACGAUGCUCGGCUUGAUGACGGAAGGAGGCCGUCGGUGAAUGGAGGCUUGGCGAGACCACGCUCGCCUGCUGCCGAUGCCAGGGCGUUAUCUUCGCCGAGAAGUAGUCUCGUUGAGGAGGACGAAGAAGAGGAGGGCCUGGUGGGCGGUGGUGAUGAUGUGCGCCGAGGCGGAGCCGCGAGUGGGCUGCUCAGCUUGGCGAAGAGCUAGAAGCUUCGGACGAAGGACUGGGCGACAAAGCCCCGUCGCGGUCGGCGCCAGGGCGAUCUGGGUUGGUCUUGAGGGAGUGAGUACAUGAACAAAGCAGGAACGGGACGGGGCUGCUUGUGGUUUGAGAUCUUUUACUGUUGGGAAAGCUCUCUCUGGUCUUGGAGAGUAAGCGUUGCCGGAAUAUGCAUGUGUUGGCACCACUGUCGAGGCGCAAUCCGGUUGCAGAGCCAGGCAUGGGUAUUUUGUAUUGUACAUGAGGGCUAUCUAGACGUAAUGUUGCCAGCACGUUGUGCUGCUGUAUUGGUCAGAUGCUUGAGUUGGCUUCCUGACCGCACCGCGCCACGUAUGGAUAGGAUAGGCGUGUCCCAUGUCGAGGAUCCAGCCCGGUUCGCCAACAAAACAGACCAAGUCCUCCAAAUACUGUAUUUACUUGUAUGUACAUACAACAUAGGUGGUACUUCAGCU